AAAUAUGUGGUUUGUUUUAUUCAAAUUCACAGCUCACCAUAUUUCUUCUCAACUCUUCAAUCACAUGUUACACAGAGACAGAAAGCUUAACAAACAACUGCCACAACAAUUCAUGGCGACAGAUCAUGGGUCCACCGCCAUAAAGGUCCUCGAGAUCUGCACGGUAGCUCCUCCGCCCGGAUCCACCGUGCCGGCCACUCUUCCCCUGACCUUCUUCGACAUCCUCUGGUUCCGCUUCCCUCCCGUUGAACGCCUCUUCUUCUACAAAUCUCCGGUGCCAUUCCACGUCAUCGUUUCAAACCUCAAAAAAUCUCUCUCUCUCGUCCUCCAACACUACCUCCCCCUCGCCGGAGCAAUCGUCUGGCCGGAAAAUUCCCCCAAACCGGCCGUCGAGACCGCAGCCGGCGACGGAAUUGUGCUUACAGUCGCGGAAUCCGACGACGACUUCGACCAUCUCGUCGGCGACGGGUUGCGUGAAGAGGCGAAACUUCAGCCGUUAGUGGCGGAGCUUGCCGCGGAGGAGGAGCGGGCAGCGGUGGUGGCUGUGCAGGUAACUUGGUUUGGGAAUGGUAGAUUUAGCAUCGGAAUAACUUCACAUCACGCGAUUCUGGACGGAAGGUCGUCGACUUCGUUCAUGAAAUCGUGGGCCGGGUUGUGUAAGAAUUUGGUUGGGGGCGGUGACAUUUUUUUCCCGGCGGCUGAGACGAUGCCGUUUUAUGAUCGCAGCGUGGUGACCGACAACGUGGGACUUGAAGCCAUUUAUUUGGAAUGCUGGUUGGCCCAUGAAGGACCCAACAAUAGAAGCUUGAAAUUUUGGGACGUCAAAACUCCGCCAGAUUUAUUCCGAGGUAGAGGACGAGGCAAAGGCAAGGGCAAGCUGGCGAGCGACCCGAAGUGAGACCGAGGAGGGCCAUAGGGACUACCGCUUCCGCUUAUUUCUUAUUUCAGAUUUUAGCAUUUGAGUUUGAGUACUUUUUAUUUUUCACUAUCUUUUAUGUAGAUAGGGCCCGAGUAGGAUUUCAGAACGUUUUUACAUUUUUGCAUGACUACCUUGUUUAUGUUUUUAUAAAUGAAUUUCUUGAACCGUAUGCUUUUAAUAAAAUUUUUAGACUUAAACCA